AGAUGUAAUUUCUCAAACCAAAAAUCUAUGUUUUCACCAAAUCACCAUGUUUGUAAUUUGCCCUAUAAUAAUCGAUCGGAGGAAAUAACAGUUUCGGUUGCAAGUUGCAACACAUGAACCGCAUGGGGAGGCUCGCGAAGGCCUGAAAAUUGAAUUGGAUAUAAAGCUGAGACUACGAUUCGUCCAGUUAAUCAACAACGAGCUCGGACAAUCAGAGUUUUGUUAACUGGGUUUUGUCUUAAUCAGUCUCAAAUCGGUGAUUUAUGACUUUUUACAAAUCUCAGUGUUUUUGCCCUCCAUCUGUUCGACAUAUUGCCUCAACCAAUUUCUACAUCAUCACCAAUGGUGUAGGCUUUGGUCUUCCAUUGCAUCAGAGAGACGAAUUCAAGUUUUCUCUAUCAGGGUUCAGACCAUCUGUUUGAUAGAUUGCCUUAAAGAAUAUGGUGAUCCAUUACAUUUGCAAUUUCAUGUGAACUUGCCUAUAUAUGAUUGAUAACCUUGAAGUGAACGACCCUUUCACUGAUUUGCUUUGGAAGAGAUGUUUUUCUUGCAGAAACAAAAAUGGCAAAGAUUGUCGCUGCAAACUAUCAUUACCCAGAAACCAAAAGGCCCAAAACAACAUUUUCCAUCUCUCUACUGCACAAUGCCACGUACACCGUUGUGUUCAGACUUGCAAGAGCUGUGUAGUGUUGUUUCUAGCUGCAUUGGCGGCUUAGAUGAGCUCGAAACCAGUCUUAGUAAUUUUAGUAUUCCUUUCACAUCAUCGCUUGUUACCCAAGUCCUUGAUUCUUGUAAAGACGAAGCACCCACUAGGAGAUUGCUUAGGUUCUUCUUGUGGUCAGGCAAUAAUUUGGAUGAUAAAUUGGAAGAUGAGGAUUAUAAUCAUGCGAUUCGGGUGUUUGCUGAGAAGAAGGACUUCAGGGCGAUGGAUAUAUUGAUAUCGGAUCUUAGUAAGGAAGGUCGGGAAAUGGAAACCUGGACUUUUAGUCUUGUAGCCGAGGCAUUGGUUAAAUUGGGGAGGGAAGAGGAGGCUUUGGGGAUCUUCAAGAACUUGGAAAAGUUCAAGUGCCCACAAGAUAGAGUUACAGUCACAGCUAUUGUCAGUGCUCUUUGUGCCAAAGGGCAUGCUAAGAGGGCCGAAGGGGUUGUUUUGCAGCAUAAGGAUAAGAUUUCAGGUGUAGAGCCUUGCAUUUAUAGGAAUCUGCUUCAUGGGUGGUCUGAACAGGAGAACGUAAAGGAAGCACGAAGAAUUAUCAAGGAAAUGAAGUCUCUUGGUGUUAUGCCGGACCUUUUUUGUUAUAAUACAUUCCUCAGGUGCCUUUGUGAGCGAAAUUUGAAAUCAAAUCCAUCAGGUCUUGUUCCUGAAGCUUUGAACGUGAUGAUGGAAAUGAGGUCCUAUCGGAUUACCCCUACCUCAAUCAGUUACAAUAUAUUGCUAUCUUGUUUGGGUAAGACACGAAGAGUCAAAGAAUCUGUUCAAAUUCUCGACACGAUGAGAAGUACAGGUUGUUCUCCUGAUUGGGUUAGCUACUAUCUUGUUGCUAGAGUUUUGUUUUUGACAGGGAGAUUUGGCAAAGGUAAGCAAAUAGUUGAUAAGAUGAUAGAAGAUGGGUUGGUGCCGGAACGAAAGUUUUAUUAUGACUUAAUUGGUGUUCUCUGUGGAGUGGAGAGGGUGAAUUAUGCUCUUGAGCUCUUUGAGCAAAUGAAGAAAAGCUCGUUAGGUGGAUAUGGGCCUGUUUAUGAUUUGCUUAUACCAAAGCUUUGUAGAGGAGGUGCGUUUGAAAAGGGCAGAGAGCUCUGGGAUGAAGCAACAGCUAUGGGUGUCGUUCUUCAAUGUUCAAGUGAUGUGUUGGACCCCUCAAUCACUGAGGUUUUUAAGCCGGUGAGGAAGGUGAAGGAAUAAAUGAACCUUCUUGACUACACACCUAGAAGUCGACUGGAAGUUGCAAAGGUUGUCAAAAAGAAGAAUAAGGGUAAAAGGAACAAAAAGAAGGAAAAGAAUGCUUCUCGAACUUAAUUGGGAUUAGUCUUCACAACUUUCUGCAGUUUUAGAUCUCAAAACAAACAUGGCAUCUCGGGUCAUGUAAAUGGCAAGGGAAACGUCCUGCUUGCAAGGAGCCAUUCUUAUUGCAGAGUGCAAACACAAGAAAGAAACAUCGGAUUUCAUGUUUUACGUUGAGCACACCUCUGGUCUUGAGGACUGUUUCUCUUUGAUUUACUUAAAGUUUUAUGGGUUAUUUAGAAUGGUUUUUGGACUUUGGAUGAGUUGUUGCAAUGACAAUUCAUUUCCCAGAUGAUACUAUCAUUGGUUUAAGCAAAACGCUGGUAUAACUCACCCCAAAUGGGUGUUUAAAAAACAGAGGCAGUCUCGUUACAGAACCUAAAGCCUGUUGCAUUUGGUAUCAAAUUUAGUCUUCAAAUUCUGUGCCUUGCCUUUGCUUCUUUUUUUUAAAAAAUCUAUCCGUACCAGAAAUUUUAGUUUGACCCUCCCCAGAUCCCACAGUGACAAGAACCUUGUGCACUAAGACUGCCUUUUUUUUAGCCAGAUUGUUUUGCAUUCAAUUUCAAGUACUUGGAGAAGUCUUGUUGAAAUGCUCAUCUCAUGGUAUGCCAUAUUAGUUCCUAAGAUUCAAAUA